AUUCCCGUGGAUACCCCGUCCCUCCGGCCCCCGUGUCCCCGUGUUCUGCCUUGUCCCCAGUGUCCCUCCGUGUGUCUAUGUCCCCCCGUGUCCCCAUGUCCCGCCUUGUCCCCAGUGUCCCCCCGUGUGUCCCUGUCCCCUCAUGUCCCCCGUGUAUCCCCUGUGAGAUGUAAAUCAAGCGGGGGGGCGGGACUGUGUAAAUGUCGUGCGAGCGUCAUGCAAACGAUCCCGGGACUCAUCCCGAGGGACUGGGGGAGGGGGGGAGCCCCACUGUGAUGAGAUGCAAACUCGGGGCGGGGCCGCGGGCCAUAUGCAAAUGAGAUGCAAACGAGCCGCAGGAAGAGGACAGGACACUCCCCCUCCCCACGUGACCCGUGUCGCCCGCGCUCCCGGCGCGCCGCUCUGACGUCACUUCCGUCGCGGCGGCGGCGGCCGGGGGACACCGGGCCCGGGCCCCCCGCGUCGCCGUCAUGGCGGACGACGGCGGCGAGGAGAAGAAGCAGGUGGCCAAGUUCGAGCUGGAGCGGGAGACGGAGCUGCGCUUCGAGGUGGAGGCGGGGCAGACGGUGCAGCUGGAGCUGCUGACCGGCAUGGCCGAGGUGUUCGGCACCGAGCUCACCCGCAACAAGAAGUUCACGUUCGACGCGGGCGCCAAGGUGGCGGUGUUCACGUGGCACGGCUGCACCGUGCAGCUCAGCGGCCGCACCGAGGUGGCCUACGUGUCACGGGACACGCCGAUGCUGCUGUACCUGAACACGCACACGGCGCUGGAGCAGAUGCGGCGCCAGGCCGAGCGGGAGGACGAGCGCGGGCCCCGCGUCAUGGUGGUGGGGCCCACCGACGUGGGCAAGACCACCGUGUGCCGCCUGCUGCUCAACUACGCCGUGCGCCUGGGCCGCCGGCCCACCUUCGUGGAGCUGGACGUGGGGCAGGGCUCGGUGUCCAUCCCCGGCACCAUGGGCGCGCUGUACAUCGAGCGCCCGGCCGACGUGGAGGAGGGCUUCUCCCUGCAGGCCCCCCUCGUCUACCACUUCGGCUCUACCACGCCGGGCACCAACAUCAAGCUCUACAACAAGAUCACGUCGUGCCUGGCCGACGUCUUCAACCAGCGCUGCGAGGUGAACCGGCGGGCGUCCGUCAGCGGCUGCGUCAUCAACACCUGCGGCUGGGUCAAGAGCUCGGGCUACCAGGCGCUGGUGCACGCCGCCUCCGCCUUCGAGGUGGACGUGGUGGUGGUGCUGGACCAGGAGCGCCUCUACAACGAGCUCAAGCGGGACCUGCCGCACUUUGUGCGCACCGUGCUGCUGCCCAAGUCGGGCGGCGUGGUGGAGCGCUCCAAGGACUUCCGCCGGGAGUGCCGGGACGAGCGCAUCCGCGAGUACUUCUACGGCUUCCGCGGCUGCUUCUACCCGCACGCCUUCGACGUCAAGUUCUCUGACGUCAAGAUCUACAAGGUGGGCGCGCCCACCAUCCCGGACUCAUGCCUGCCGCUGGGAAUGUCGCAGGAGGACAACCAGCUGAAGCUGGUGCCGGUGACGCCGGGGCGGGACAUGGUGCACCACCUGCUGAGCGUCAGCACCGCCGACAGCCCCGACGACAACAUCUCCGAGACCAGCGUGGCCGGCUUCAUCGUGGUCACCGGCGUGGACCUGGAGCGCCAGGUCUUCACCGUGCUGUCCCCGGCCCCGCGGCCCCUCCCCAAGAACUUCCUGCUCAUCAUGGACAUUCGCUUCAUGGACCUCAAGUAGGGCAGGGGCAGGAUUUUCCCCCCCUGCCUCCUCCUCCUCCUCCCUGUGCUCUCCCCUGUCCCCCCAGCGCGGUGUGACCCUGCUGCAGCACCCGCCCUUCGGUUUUAUACUUUUUGUACUAUUUGCUAUUAAAUCUGGAAGCCUUU